CUCUUCCCGCACGCCUCUGGGGUGCUUCCGCCCUUUUCUGCAUAGUCCCAGAAGCCGGGUUACCCCAAUUCCCUCUAUCCGGACCUGUCGAUCAUGCUCCGAUCACGAGCGAGCAGUUCUGCUCUACCAGGGAGGAUCCUCUCGGCCCGGGGCUCGAUCCUGGGCGGCCUGAGCCGGAGCCGGUCCCACCCUUCUCGAGGGGGUCUGAGCGCUGGACGCUCCGCGGGGGGAAAGCCCCCACGCCGCCUCUCUUCCACUUCCUGCUGGCCCUCCUCAGCCCCGGCCGCUGCCUCCUGUUGCUGCUUCCACCCACUCUCAUUCCUCUCUGGGCCCGCCCCGCAGCCGAAUUUUCUAGGGAAAGCCCCAUCACUGAACACCCCCUUUCCCAUUCUCCCACCCUCUCGCCCUCACCCCGGACUUCCCCCCAGAAGGAGGGGACGGGGCCCCUCCUUCUAAGCCCCGUCCCUCUCGGAGGGACAGCCCCUGCGCAGUCUCUCACAGCCCACUCGCCCUAGCCCCUCCCUCAGACAGCCCUUGGGCUAGCGACCAAGUUGCACCGCCUCUUCUAGCCGCAACUGGCCGAGAAUGGCUGAGGGGCUCCCGACGGUUUGCAGCCAGCUAGUGGGAGGGUGAAAAGAAAGAGGGGGGCGGGGCUGAGGGGGGCGGGCCUGGACCUGGGGAGUGAAAGCGAAAGCCCAGGCGGCGAGCCGGGAGACCUGAGAUCUAGCAACUGGGGCAGCAUGGCCAAACCUUGUGGGGUGCGCCUGAGCGGGGAAGCCCGAAAACAGGUGGAUAUCUUCAGGCAAAAUCUUUUCCAGGAGGCUGAGGAAUUCCUCUCCAGAUUCUUGCCACAGAAAAUCAUAUGCUUGAAUCAGCUCUUGCAAGAGGACACCCUCAAUGUGGCUGACCUGACCUCGCUCCGGGCCCCACUGGACAUCCCCAUUCCAGACCCCCCACCCAAGGAUGAUGAGAUGGAAACAGAUAAGCAGGAAAAGAAAGAAGUCCCUAAGUGUGGCUUUCUUCCUGGGAAUGAGAAGGUCCUGGCGCUGCUUGCCCUGGUGAAGCCAGAAGUCUGGACUCUCAAAGAGAAAUGCAUUCUGGUGAUCACAUGGAUUCAGCACUUGAUCCCCAAAAUUGAGGAUGGAAAUGACUUUGGGGUAGCAAUCCAGGAGAAGGUGUUAGAGAGGGUGAAUGCGGUCAAGACCAAAGUAGAAGCCUUCCAGACAACUAUUUCCAAAUACUUCUCAGAACGUGGGGAUGCCGUGGCCAAAGCCUCUAAGGAGACCUAUGUAAUGGAUUACCGAGCUCUGGUGCAUGAGAAAGAUGAGGCGGCCUAUGGGGAGCUCCGGGCCAUGGUGCUGCACCUGAGGUCCUUCUAUGCUGAGCUUUAUCAUAUCAUCAGCAGCAACCUGGAGAAAAUUGUCAACCCAAAAGGUGAAGAGAAGCCAUCUAUGUAUUGAGUCCAGGGUUGGAAAGAAAUAAAUAACUUACUUUGUG